CCACGGGCUCCUUCUAUGUGCUUCAUUUUACUGACUUCCUCUGUUAAAACAACUUAUUUCUCAUCUAAGGCUCGUUUCUAAUCUCUUUUGCGAAUAAUGUCAUGUUUUGUGAUUGCGUGUGAAAAAAAGAUUAGGGAAAGGUGAAAUGAAUGAAAACCAUGUGGAUAUUUUCAGGCUCGUGUCCUUAAAGUCACGAUGGCUCCACACCCUGUAAUUCAGGCGAUCAUCGACUUCUCAGCUGGAGCUGCAGGUGAGUUUAACGUAAAGACACGGCCGUAUUUCACGCCACUCGCAUCAGAUUGAAGAUAAUCACUUGGACCAGCUUUGUGUUGCUUUAAAAGUGACCCAAACCCUGGCAGCAAAAGGAUCACAGCAUAACACCUACCUGAUCCCAUCAGUGUGGGGGUGAACGGUUUAGUGCAAGCUGUCAUUCAAUUAUUAACGUAAAGAAGUGAGGAAGGUUAAUUUUGCAAAAUUCAAAAAUUGGGAUAUGCUCAAAGAUUGGAAGCAGGCCACAUCUAUUUCAGUAUUGAUCGUCUUUAACACCAUUUGCUGUAUAUGUCCAGUUAUUUAUCUAAAGUUUAGUCAGAGGUCAGAGGGUUUAUAUGCUGUACUCAUCAUUGACAUGAAUGCCAUGGAUAUUUUCAGCUUUUAAUGAUUUAUUUGAGCUGGGUUUUUUCUGGGGUGAAAUAACUGCACAACAUAUAUAUUUAAUGAUUUUUUUAAUAAAGCAGUAAUUAUAUGGAUAGGCUUGGGUUUAUUUUGGAGUUUCUCUUAUCUGCACAGGUUCAAAAGUAUACAUAGAGAGUGAUAUGCUAAAUCACCCACUAAAAUCUGACUUGUUGAAGGUUGUACAAUGUCUUUUAACCUGACAAGGACAUGGCCUAUUAACUUUUCAUUAGUGAUCAUGACUGACUACAACUGGUUGUUUCUCUUUGCCAGCAUAAAAAAGGAUUUCGUUGACAGCACCCAGUAGAUUCAGUAAUCUGUAACUGAUUGGUGCAGAUGUCAUGUGUGCUUCAGCAUCUAACUAGUGAUCAUAAAGGGAGUAACAUUUUUUAAGUGGCAGAUAACUUCAAAUGCAACGUUUCAAUCGGCCUAACAAAUAUCAGCAAACACACAAACUGUUUGUGAGCAGUCUGUCACACAGUGUGUCUGCAAGCUAAAGGUACAGCUGCUGUAUUUCCCAGGGAGAAUGAGAGAUAACUUCACUCGGAGAUGGAGAAAGAUGUAAGAAAGAAAAGAAGGGAGAGGAAGAAGACAGGUUAUAUUUAAAGGUGGCACAGCCUGCGUGCUGAGCGGUCAGCCAUUUGACACAGCAAAGGUGAAGAUGCAGACGUUUCCCACAAUGUACCGCGGCUUCAUCCACUGCUUCAUCUCAACAUUCCGGCAGGUGGGGCUCCGUGGUCUUUACAAAGGCACAACGCCUGCCCUGAUGGCCAACAUCGCUGAGAACGCGGUGCUCUUCUUGAGUUAUGGGCUCUGCCAGGAUGCCGUCCGCUUUAUGUCAAGGAUGGACAAAGGCGCUGAUCUCAGUGAUCUUCAGAAGGCAUCUGCAGGGUCUUUAGCUUCCAUCUUCUCCUCCAUGGCAAUAUGCCCCACAGAGCUGGUGAAAUGUCGCUUGCAGGCCAUGCAUGAAAUGGAAGCAUCUGGGAAGGUGGCAAGAGGACAGAAAAGCACAGUGUGGACUGUGGUUAAGACCGUGUUGAAGACAGAUGGCCCGUUAGGAUUCUACCAAGGACUGAUGUCCACCUUCAUGAGGGAACUUCCUGGUUACUUCUGCUUCUUUGGAGCCUAUGAGUGGUGUCGGUCCACAUUUGCGCGACACAUGGGCACAAGCAAAGAUGGUAUAGGUAUUCUUCCGCUGAUGUUCAGUGGGGGAUUUGCAGGAGGAUGUCUUUGGUUGGUGGUCUAUCCAAUAGAUUGUAUAAAGUCCAGGAUCCAGGUGUACUCCUUAGCAGGGAGGCAAGAGGGCUUCAUCAAGACCUUCAUGGGUGUUAUACGCACUGAGGGGUUCACUGCUCUGUACUCUGGCUUAACUCCUACAAUGGUGCGCACCUUCCCUGCCAACGGAGCCCUCUUCCUGGCUUAUGAGUUUAGUCGCAAGUUAAUGAUGGAUGCCGCUGGUGCCUGAUGCAAUGGAUCUUUCCAACCAAAGCAAAUAUUUUAAU